AUGGGUGUCGUUUUUUCGAGCCCUUUGACGGAGCAGUCAGGUCAGACUGAAGUCAGAAUAUUCAAAGAUUGCGAAAUUAUAAUAGGAAAAAAAAUUGGAAGUGGAACUUUUGGAACUGUUUACGAAGCACGUGUCGGCGCCACGAAGUUUGCAUUGAAGUUAGGAAAUAAUUCCAAAGAGCCCUUAGACAAGGAGAUCAGGUUACUGAAAACCUUCAGACAUAAGCAUAUUGUAGCUCUGAAGGCACGCUGCGAAGGAAAUGGAUAUUUUAUGGAGUAUAUGGAUAAUGGAUCAUUAUAUGACUUGAUCUACAACCACAAAGAUAUUGAAUAUUCAUUAGAUUAUGUGAUUUUAUGGUGGAAACAACUUGUCAGAGCCAUAUCUUACGUACAUAAGCUUGGUUAUAUUCACUGUGAUCUAAAACCAGCAAACUUUUUGAUGAAGCUGGAUUAUCGUUGCUUGAAACUUGCCGAUUUUGGUUCAGCCACUAAAGUGAACUUUCAGAGGAGACAAAUUAAUGGUACCAUCAGAUAUACCGCUCCAGAAAUUCAUGACGGUAAACCACCUGGGUCUUUUCGUCUAACAAAAGAAUCGAAGGUUAUAGGCAUUGUGACAAAAUGCUGGGAGUUAGACAACAGCAAACGUCCAGUCGUUGAUGAGAUGAAACGAGUGUUAGCUGUGUUGGCUUCGACCCCCAAACCCCAAGUAGAAGUUACUGAAGCUGAUCUUUCAGAAGCAUUGGGCUUAAAGCAUAAACUAAUUGAGGAGCUGAAAAACGUGUACGAAAUUGAUCAACUACAAAAAAAAAAGACAUGUCUAGAGAUACUUAUUAAUGAAACGUUAGAGACGUUGAAAAACCGUAGAUCUGGUAUUGCUUCAGCGAAUAAUAGUCAACAAACGGGACGGCGUUCAUGA